AUGAAGCCCAAAGCCCGGGCCAGGCCGGCCCGGGCCGGGCCGCCCGGCCUGACGCACAAGCCUGUUUAAGAGAUGAGAUUUUAGGUCAUUUUAGAGAUUUAUAGUGACUUCUGAGCUAUAGAAACACUUCAGAAAGGAUUUUGAGUGAACUUUAAGAUUUUAUCCAUCAAGAUAGCGACAAAAAAACUUAAUUUCUCAUUUUCUACCUUUCGAUCCAAAAGUAAAACUGAUUUCAGCGACUCGGAGGUUACCUCGGACGUCUCUUCCUCGUCUUCCCGAGAACUAACCGAUUGAUCAAACCGCCCCAUCCAACAGGAACAAAAAUAAAGAAAAAUAAAACGCCUUCCCCACACUCUUUCCAAAACAGAAAGUGCAAUGAUAACAAAAAAAAACGGCUGGCAGAGAUUUUUUUCGUGAAGGAAACAAGUUUCUGAUCGGGCCGCCUGCCGCCUUUCCGUCCACCUGAAAACUUUGCUGCCAACGGAGGAAACCAAAGCAUUCUUGAACACAGAGGAACCGACGAUGCGCUGGACAAUUCUGACGGCUUUGGCCGGCGUCGCCUUGGCUGGCGAGGUCGUCUUCUUCGCCGAGAAGUCCUUCGUCGGCGUUCAGUCUCGUCAGAGGUACCUUAUCUUGAGCACGUUUAUUUGGUAUACUCCAGUCGUCGCAAGUUUAAAGGCAUAGUGGCAGCCAAAAACGGUGUUCCAGUUCACAGCAGUACUUUGUAGAGCUUUUCAUUGCGAAUCGAAAGGUGAACUCGAAAAGUUCCUAGUUUUGUAGAAAAAAUAAUUCAAAGUCGGAGAAAAGAAAGCUUGAGUUCCCGCGAAAAGGGCGCUUUGCAGUAAAGUUGCUCUAUGGACAACACGCCUCGCCAUCUUCCGGAUUUUCCCUUUUUUUUUGUUUCUUUCAAUUUUCAAUUUUUUCUGUUGUCAACAAAGUUCUUUUCGUCACAAAAGCUUGUUAGGAACGUCAGAGUGAUCACUAUAGGGGUUAGGGGGAAAACACCUCCUACAUGGAGACAAAUAAAUGUUUCUGAUAAGGGUAAACUUGGGUGGUCCCAGUGUGUGUGUUUUUUUUUAAGUGGUCUCUAUAGGGCUCUUCAAACAUUUGUUAUGAUUUAAAAAUUAAAAAUACGUAUUUAAUAAAACUUUUUCGAUUAAUCCUUUGUUGAUAUUUUUAUUAAAUUACGUUAAUUUAUUGAUUUUUGUCAUGAAAAUGCUUCUGCCCAUAGAGUUCAUGGGCAGAAGCAUUAACAUGAAAAAGUUCAUGACAGUAAUCGACCAGCAAGCUCCCCUAGAAUGGUCACUAACUAAGACCCCUAUAAAGGCCACUUUUGCCAGCUAUAUUGUCCCCUCUAGAAGGAGGUCAAGUGGUCCCUAGAGGGGAAGCUUCAAGGGCACUGUGGCGUUUCUGAGUGUAGUCUGUUCAGAUUUUGAGAGCCAUAGAUGUCAUACGAAAAUGCUCUCUGGAGGGGCGGAACUUGAGGGAUUGCUUGGAAUUCAAAAUGUGAACAGAUUAUGUUUCUCUGCGUCCUAUUCCAGGAUUUUUUCCCCCAGUUACGGAUUAUAGUGGAAGGUGCUUUUUUUCCUCCGAUUCGAAACUCUUAUUUUCAACUUUUUAAUUGAAAAAUCUCUGUAAUGAACAGAAUAGACUAGCCUUUUUUUGGAAACAAACAGUGUUUUUGUGAAAUUUCAUGUGCUUUAGAACAUUGGUAAGGAUUGGAAUCUCAAGCUUUUGCUAACAUUUUGAAUAUUAUAAUAAAACACUUACAACAAACGUUUUUUCAUUGAUUAUAGGUGGUUACUAAAGAAAUAAAUUUUCAUUCAACAACAGUAAUGUGCGUUUCAACACGAGAAAUUUUCCGUUGUCAGUUGAUGAUUCUCUCAUACAUUUCUGAAUUUUUCAUAUAGAAAAAAAGCAAAAUGUUCAGCUUUCCCGACUUUUUCUGCCACGACCUUUCCGAUUUCAUGUACAGAACUCGCUCAGUGCAAAUCAUCGAGCAUAAACCCUUCCCUGGUGAAUUUUUCUUUCAAAUCUACAGUUUCAUGUUGUAUUUCAGGAUGUCUGCAACUUUUUUCCAGUCUCGAUUGUGAGGGUCGUCGCGUUUUUGUCAAGACGAAAUGCGAUGGAGAACAUUGCUGCCCGGCUCACGACCUUUCCUUGUGUGGUUUCGAGAAAUACGCUGCUUCUUUUGCUUUUUGUUGAAUAAAAUCAAAAUCAGAACUAGAACAAGAAGAAAUCUUCAAACAAAGAAAUCUAAAAAAUAAUUUCCGUUAUCUGUGAAUUGAGCAGGUCUUUAGUCUCAUUCAUCACUUCAAUAAAAGAUAACAAAUUUCCAAAACUCUGGAAAAGUCGAAAAGGCCGAUCAAGGCGCGAAAACGAGGCGGUUCAAAAUAUACGCCACGCGUUAGGAGCGUGGCGUCCUUCAGGUGAACGUUUUUUAAAAAUUUUAGGUGGGCGUUGACGCCAAACUUGUUUUGGUAAUGCAAAAUUGCUCACUUUACAUUUUUCUUUUCGAAAUUGACGAUAAUAUAUUGUCAUAUGUGUAUUCAGUUAAAUAACCAGGAUUACUAGUCCUGAUGUCUUGAAAACGGCGUUUUAAAUGCCUUUUUCUUUUCACGUCCUCAAUAAUUUAAUUUUAUUCCGUGUUCAAAGUGAUUCCGCAAAAUCCAAUAUUGCCAUUAAAUAGGAAAAAAAGAUAACUGAAUUCUGGAGAGUCAGAAAAAAUAUUGCACUUCGCGGAAGUUACUUUGAGCAUGGGUUUUGCCUCGUUGGCAUUCUUCUUGAAAGGCUGUUUUGUUUCAAAUUUUCCCUUUGACGUCCAAAACGGAGAAUCAGCAGAGACAUUUUUCAAAAUUUUUUUUUUCAAUUUGCCUGUUUUCGUUUAGUUUGCAAGAAAUUCCUUUCUUUGGUGCUCAAAAAAUCUUUUUGGGAAAAAAAGGUUUUGAGGUGAGGAGCCUUUUUCAAUAAUAUCUUUUUAAACCGACUAUAUGAAUUUAUCUUCAAACUUUCUCAUAUUUUUUCUCUUGAUUUUCAAAGCUGAAAAUUGCAGAUGUCGGAUACAGAAAAGUUCGACGCUGUUCUGUUUUCCUUGGCGCAGCAAUUGCCCGGUGGCGUUCCACAACUUUUUGAUGUGCUUUUCGGUUUCUUGUCAAGGUUUAACUUAGUUAUAUAAGAAAUUCAAAAUUCUUCUUUUUUUAGAAAGACAGAUUUCUAUAACGGCGCUGGAAUUGAAGAAGCCAAAUCUCUGGUUCUUAAGUAUUUUGACAAGCAUAGUGCAGAUGCUGUGAAGGUAACUUGAACUUUGUGCUCUAUUUUUUUUUAUUGGACUUUUAGCAAGCCGAAGAAAACCGCCGGAAAAAAGAGGAGCAAGAGAAAAAGUUGGCUGAGCGUCGGGCUGCCCAAAAAGCGAAGGAAGAAGCUGAACUCCGUGAAAAUGUAUUUAUUUCAAACAUGUAUUUCUUAAAAUAUUUUAUUUGGAGGCGCAAAAAUCCACUUCCAACAUCGUUGAAAUCACCGACGAAGAAGCUGCAGAGUUUGAAAAGGAGCAAAAAUUGAAGUAAUUCUUAGAUUUUCAAUUCUUCAAAAUAUUCUCAUUUUUUUCAGAGAAGCUUCUGGAAACGCACAAUCGAGCUCUUCGGAUGACAAGCCGAUGGAAUCCGACGAAGAUAGCAAUUUGAUCAAGCCAAAUGCUGGAAAUGGAGCUGAUUGCAAAAAUUAUCAGUGGACCCAAACUUUGGAGGAAGUUGAGGUAAUAGUUAAAUAAUAAUGGGUAUCAAUUAUUCAAUUCAAGGCUCGUAUUCCUGUGAUUGUCGGAUUCAGCUUGAAAGGCAGGGAUGUCGUUGUCAAAAUCGAAAAAACUCGUCUCACUGUCGGCCUGAAAGGACAACCUCCAAUCGUCGAUGGAAAACUUCAUGCCCCUGUAUUUUAAUUGAUUUUUCUCGCGAAUACUCUAGAAAUUUCAGGUUAAAGUCGAAAAUUGCAACUGGGUGAUUGAAAAUGGAAAAGCCAUCGUCAUCACUUUCGAGAAGGUUUUUAGAAAUCCAAAAUAAAUCAGUGUAUUUAUUUUUCAGAGUAAUAAUAUGGAAUGGUGGUCAAAGCUUCUGGAAACCGAUGAUCCCAUCGAUACCAAGAAAGUACAGCCGGAAAAUUCGAAAUUGAGCGAUUUGGAUGGGGAAACGAGGGCGAUGGUGGAGAAGAUGAUGUACGAUCAACGGCAGAAGGAACUUGGACUGCCCACCAGCGAGGAGAAGAAAAAGCAGGAUAUUCUGAAGAAGUUUGCUAUUUUUUGAUAUAGGUGAAGAGUUUGAAGGUGUAAAUAUUAGAUUUGGAAAAAAAAAUUGAGGUCUUUCGAGGGUUUUUUUUUUCAGACCAUGAAAGGCUUAGGCACCUUCAAAUCCAUUUCAGCCAAGACUUCGGAAGAAAGAACCAAAGAAAAAUCCUGAUUCAGGUUCAUGGCCCAGCACCCGGAGAUGGACUUUUCUCAGGCCAAAAUCGCGUAA